GAGAGAGAGAGAUGGAAGGAGACACUAGUGGAACUGCAAACGAUGUGUACAAAGAGUGCUUGAGAAACCAUGCGGCUACCCUCGGCAGCUACGCCACCGACGGCUGCGGAGAGUUCACGCCGGGCCCGGACGACACCCUACAAUGCGCAGCCUGCGGUUGCCACCGCAACUUCCACCGGAAAGUCACCUACGGCAGCGGUGGCGGCGGCGGCGGCCCUACGUCCGGAAUAAUGCCGAUGUCGACCACCUCGACCAACCCAGAAUCGUCGGAGGGGGGUGGGAGGAAGCGGUUCAGGACCAAGUUCACGGCGGAACAAAAGGAGAAAAUGCUGGCGUUUGCUGAGAAGCUGGGGUGGAAGAUGAAGAGGAAGGAGGAGGACGACGAGAUCGAGCGGUUUUGCAGGUCGGUGGGGGUGUCGAGGCAGGUUUUCAAGGAGCAACAAAGUGUGUGAUCCAAGAUAAGGAUGGGCUCGUGCAUUACCACUAGGUGCCUGCGAGGACACAACUUGUCACAAUUUGGAGUGGCAAGACAGAAGACAUCUUGGAAAUAGGUUUGUGCCAUCUUAGGAUGCCUAAUGAGAUAUCGUCUCUUACAUGGUGUGCGCUUAUGGGUUUUGGUGUAAUACAAUAUUAGAAAUUUUGCAUAUCUUAGAAAAAAGGGUAGUUUUGUCCUAAAAAUGAUUAUUCUUUUUGUUUUAGAGAUAGUGUUUUUGAAAUUGAUUGUCCAAAUAUUUUUUACUUUCGAUAUGAAUACUUGG